CCGAAUGGAGAACAAUCAUACAAAAAUGCGAGCGCACUUCCUAGUGUCCCUGUGACCACCGAAAAAAAAAUCCCCAGCACGCUUCUUGAGCGUAGAAGCGAAAGGCAACCAGCCUUCAUCUAGACGAUUGAGACUAAAAGCCACCCCUCAGGACGUGUAAUCUAUAGAUUCCUGGAUCGCUCCUGAUCGGUGAGAUACCAUUUCUAGGUCAUGGGUGACGCGGUCGAGUCCAUUCACACCGUCCCGUUCGACUCGCUCCCAGAUAAAAGGAGAGUCUGGCACGGAGCACCGGGAUCAAAGGAGGAGGGCCUAGGAAGAUUGGUACUCCUCACCCCUGAAGUCGUUGCCGAAGCUGCCAAAUCAUGCAUCAAGACCGGCCAUCGCGUGUCUCUGAAUUGGGAUUUGACAAAACUUGAGAUCGCAAACUUCAACCGGGCGCCUACUCAACACCUCGUGGUGUCGCUGCUUGGCGGAGUGGCCUAUGACGACGUGUACAUAUUCAAUCCGCAACAGUCCUCGCAGUGGGAUGGGCUGCGGCACUUCUCCGCGCCAUUUCCCACGCCUGAAAACCCAUCGCGGCGGCUUUUCUACGGCGGCGCAACGUCGGCAGAGAUUUCAGACAGAUCCAACACGCGGAUCGGCUUGCAGUACUGGGCAAAAGAAGGAAUUUGUGGUCGAGGGGUGCUCCUGGACUACGUCGAAUAUGCAAAACGGCAUUCGAUCAAAUAUAAGACGCUCUCCGAUCAUUCAAUUCCGCUGAGUGUGCUUCUGGACAUCGCCAAGGAGCAAAAUCUAACUUUUCGCCGGGGAGACAUCCUUUUCGUGCGCAUUGGUUUCACAAAGGAAUGGGACAAUGAGAUGACAGCGGCGGAGAAAGUUGCAUACGCCCAGAAUCCUAAGCCGCAGCACGCCGGCCUGGAGGGUACAGAGGAGAUGCUGAGGUGGAUUUGGAACGAGGGAUUCGCUGCUGUAGCGGGGGAUGCCGUCUCAUUUGAAGUGUACCCUCAAAAGAGGUCAUAUCCAAGAGGCGAAGGCCAGGCUGAGGUGGAAGGCCUGUUCAUGCAUGAAUAUUUACUAGCAGGCUGGGGCAUGCCGAUUGGAGAACUAUUCGAUCUUGAAGAGCUGAGCCGCAGAUGUCAGGAAGAGAACCGUUGGGAUUUCUUUGUGGCCAGCGCGCCGCUUAAUAUGCCGGGUGGAGUAAGUACGCCCCCAAACUGUCUUGCGAUCUUCUGAGAAUGGAGUCUUGUCGUUAUAGAUGGUUGUACCACAUGUGUCAAGAAUAAUAUCGUGACCUCCGACGAAGGAAAAAUCAAUCAAGC